UCAGGGUAUAGUGUCCCUGUGGUCACAUUACGGUGGCCAUUAUGGACCAUUUUAUCUCGAAACAUUAAUCAAUUCACCCACGAGUUGAAAUUGAGUGAUAGCAGAUAGUGUUAAUUUAUUAAACGUUACAUUUCUAAUAAGCGGUUAAGUACUUUAAAAGUUUCCUACUGACGUUUAUGUUGCGCCAAUUAGCACUUAGCGACAGCCGUUAGCUCGAAGUGGCUACUUAGCUAUCACACGGCUGAAUGAUCAGAAAGUAUAUUCGCUUCAUUUCAGGUGGAGAUGAAGUUAAAACUACUGUUUAUUUUGUUUGUUGAGGCCGGUUAGUUUAUUUGAUAAGAUGUUAGUGGACGUGUCCGCGGCGUUAAAUCGCUGUUUGUGAAAAUACGUUCAGAAGGUUUUUGUUUUUAGCGGGUGGGCUAAGCUAGCUGAGUGCUAACAGGCUGACGUCCCUGUCUCCAGUGGAAAUGGAAGAAGCAGCGUUAGAUGCGCAAGAUGUUGAACGGGCCAAGACGUUUUGGGCUGAACAGGAUGUGGAUCGGGCUUUUAACGGGGUUUUUGAUUAUCUGGACCACCUGAAGAAAGUCCUGAAGAAGAACAAGGCAACAGACAAAGAGUUGGUUCAGGCGUUGAAGCUGCUUGAGUCUCUGGACCUGUCUCCUCCAGUCUCCGGUCAGGACUCCUCUGUGGUCCAGGUUGUUAUCGGUUCAGGUCAGGUGCUGCCUGCUGACUUCUCCCACAACAGCCCCUCCUCCUCCCCCUCACCCUCCCCUGCACCUUGCCUUAAAGGUCUGUCCAGCUCUGCAGUGCCCCCCGCAGACAGAGAGGGGGUGCUGCUUCCCCUUUCCCCUGUCCAGCUGCAGUACCAGCUACACCCCUGCUGCAAGGCCUGCCUGCCCAAUCUAUCCAGCAUGCCCCAGUCCACGCCUCCGUUCUGGGGGCAGAACCCUCUGAAGGUGCCGCUGCUCUGCGGCUUUAAGAGGCUGAGCGCCACGCCGCUGAUUUCGCCUACAAGGAGCAGGGCCUUGGACAGCGAGGGGCCGGAGCCUGUGGUCUCUGAGGAGGCAGAGGAAGAAGGUGUAGAGGACUGGGACGUUGUUUACAAAGCCCCUUGUGGACAAAGCCUCCGUAACCAUGACGAUGUGAUGCGUUUCCUGUUGGCUACGGAGAGCUACGACGUCCUGCGGGUGGACUUCUUCACCUUUAACCCCUCUGUUCGGCUGGACCCUGCUGCGGCGCCGGGCCCUCGGCGUCCAGAGAUGGACCUGAGCCGUGGUGUGGAGCCCACGCCGGUGGAGCUGUGCGCCGGGGACGGCGGCGCCCGGCCCGCCGACUUCCGCUACAGGAGGGACCGCUGGCCGCACGGCUGCUUCCUGAGUCGCGGCCCCACGCCGUUCAACUCCUGCUGCGACUGCACCGACGGCUGCACCGACGCACAGCGCUGCCCCUGCAUCGCAAUGACCAGAGGAGGGCGCUACUACACCCAUCACAGGCUGACUCAGCCUGUACCCUCAGGGCUGUAUGAGUGUGGUCCGUGGUGCGGUUGUGCUCGGGCUCGUUGUCAGAACCGGCUGGUCCAGAGAGGGAUCAGAGUCCGGCUCCAGGUCUUCCAGACUGAAGACCGUGGCUGGGGCGUCCGUUGCCGUGACGACCUGGACCGAGGCACGUUCGUGUGCAUCUUCGCAGGUGUGAUCCUGCAGAGGGUCCAGAGUCCAGACGAGCCUCCGCCCCCAAAGCUGACAAGGACCGACCUCCCGUCAGACGACGAGGUGGAGGUCGUCACCGAGUGGCUGGCCCCUCCGGUCCUGGAGGGGCGGAGCAACCUGUUGGAGACCCCUCCAUCCAUGUCACCGCCCACCUCACCCCCCCUGCACGUCCCGGUGAUCCAGAGACCCGCCGACAGCAACACCACAAUCUCCGUGCCCCAGGACAGAGACAAGGGUCCGACGGUGUUGGUGGGAGGCCCAGAGCCAUCGUCUCCCUCAGCAGGUGACAGGUCUCAGUCGCAGGAGAUCAAGGUUGCCGUGACAACAGCCAGUCCCGUGGCAGCGGAGGCGGCGGUCCACAGCGUGAGCGGCACAGAGACGGAGAAGAACAAGCAGAAGAGUUUAAAGAGACCAGCGAAGGUGGAGGAUGUUUAUCUUCUGGACGCCAGCAAGGAGGGAAACGUGAGCCGCUUCAUUAACCUGCCGGCCGAACCUAUUCAUCCAGAACGUCUUCACCGACUGCCACGACCCCGGUUUCCCUGUCAUCGCCUUCUUCACCAGCAGGGUGGUGAAGGCCGGCACUGAGUUAACCUGGAAUUACUCUGCCGACACACAAACUGCCUCGCCGCAGAAACGGGAAAUGGCCUGUCUCUGCGGCAGUGACGGGUGUCAAGGUCAGUUUACGAUUGAGGG